ACCUGCUCUACCGCCUGAGCCACUGCCGCCCCAUGCGUUGAAAGACAUGACGGUGGAGGAAGCGCUGAAACAGGACGGCCGCUUUGUUGAUAAUCUUACAGGUUUCCAAUUGUCUAACAACAGUGAGAACAAUGAUUUUACCAAAUGCACAGAAACUGUCAAAAGACUUCACAGAGGACAUUAUAAGAUAUGUUUACCAAAGCAGGGACAAUCAAAAGGAAAAAAUCCAAAACAACAGACAAGCAAUCAGCAACAGACACAGCAGAAAAACCAACAUGAAUUAAAUGAUUCUCAAUGUACAGCCGUUAAUGAUUCUCAAUGUAGCAGUGAAACAAGAGAAGUCUUAAAACUAGCACGUGAGAACAGUAUAAGUCUAAAAAUGGCCGCCGAAAAAACAGACAUCAAAAUCAACCUCAAUGAGAUCCAAGAACUUCUGCGUCAGCAGUUUCCACAACUGAAGGAACUGAUGGAGAAAAGGUUCCCUGGUCAGUCCUUAAAGAAAGCACUGAAUCUGCAGAGGGAAAACUUUGGAAAGAUCCAACAGGCUUUUAGUGAAGUUCACAGAGUGAGGGAGCUGCUGGACCUCAGCAGGUCUGUUCGUCUGUUGAUGGUACAUGACAAAGCCUCCUCUCUAUCAGUACAGGGCACAGGCUUUGUGCUGUUUGACAACUUCAUCCUAACAAAUGCCCACUUGUUCGACCCCUGGGCUAAAGACGGAAUAGAGAAGUGGUGGGAACAUGUUAAGAUUUCUGCCGAGUUCAACUUUGAAAACCCUGCUACUGAAUCAAGAAAGAAUCUUGAAGCCAAGCUGUUUGGUGGUGAUCUUGAACUAGAUUUUGCCCUACUUGAGCUCGUUCCUGAGAACCUAAACACUGGUCAGGCAAUAGAGAAAGAUGAAGUACCUCCAGGGCUUCUGAAGAAAUUUGGUCCAUUGCCCAUGGAUGGUCAUGCCUGUCUUAUUGGGCACCCAGCAGGAGGAGUUAAAAAAAUGGAUCCCACAUGUGUUAUUAGGAAAGAGGAACGUGACCAAGCUGUCAAUCAGAAUUUAGACAGUUACAAGGAUUAUAUUUUCACCAUCUAUGCAAUCAAUCAACGAAUCAAAGAUGACCCAAAGGCAGAUAUUUGUGUUACCUAUAACAGUUUCAUGUAUCACGGUUCCUCUGGUUCCCCAGUGUUUGACGCUUAUGGCCGGGUCUUUGGUUUGCAUACUGGCGGCUUUUUCUUUGGCUAUCCAAAGCCUAAUGAGAGCGUGAUAGAGUUCGCUUUUCCACUGCUUGCUAUAUUUGAGAAGCUUGUGAGUUCUCAGGAGAAAAAAGGAAAUUAUGUGUUUUUGAACAGAGUUCUGGUGGAAGCAGAAGGGAACAGAUACCUGGAAAAGAUAAUAAAAUCAGUGGUCGGGCCGAGAGAAAACGAACAUGAGGUGCAGGAAAGUGAACCCUAGAGUUGUGCAAAACCUAGAUAUCCCAUUCAGUGGAAACACUUGGAAAUCACAAUUGUACUUUUUCAAAGUUUUAGUUACUUUUAUUCGAAAGACUGUUUAUGAAACGCUACUUAUGAGAGAGAUAAUGAAAGCUGAGUUAUUGGAUUCUGGAGAUGAUAGUGGGCAUGAGUUGGGUAUUCAGAUCACAUCUUCCUCAUGUACAAAAUCAAUCUGCGUGCAGAUUAUUCCAAAUUAGAAAGCGAUUAGAGAUGUUAACACAGAAACUCUUCAGAUUUAAGCCUUUUACAUGCUCCACGCAUGAGAAGCGAGAGCUUUGUUCCUGUUUUCGAGGUCGUAUGAACAAGAAUAAAGUUUGGUCAGUUCAAACUCCACCAGAAGCUUUGUCCUCGAUGGAGCAGGGAUUAAUAUGGGGGAGGCAGGGGCCUGUUGGUUUCAUGCUUUGCCUGUGGCAGGGCAGGGUUGUGCACCCAGCUAUUUCCGUGUCUUUAUAUUCCAUGUGUUGUAACAAAUUUAGUACUUUCCCACUAUAUCGAUCAGCAGUUAAUUAAAACUAUCCGUUCAAGCUUUUCACUAAACGCUUUUCUGCAUUAGCCACGCCCACCUCAAAUGUCCGAUGUCCCAAUGACGUCAAUUUGUCCCCAUGGCCUCAAAAACAAGACAAAGUUCUUGCCUCUCAUGGAGAAUGUAACAGGCUUUAGUCUCUGACACCUGCUGUUUGAUUCAGACUUACAAAUACAACUUUGUUAUCUCAGCUAUUCGAAAUAGUUCAUUUUUUAGUUUAUGGACCUUUUAAUUGCUUGAUUUGAGGCAAUGAACUGGAUUCCAAAAUGUUUUUUGGAAAAUGAUUUUUGCUGAAGACCUCUAAGGAACCGCUGCUUUAAUAAAUGAUUGUUGCUUUUAUUGAUCUGAUGCUCACAUAUUGUCACAAAUGAGGUUGUUGUGGGACUUUCACUUCUCUGAUCUUUUACUCUUUUUAAGUAACACUUUUGAACCAUCUUGGUUGUUUCUCUUGUUUUUCCUUUUUUUUUUGUCAUUUUACAUCAAUGACAAAUUAUAAAAAUGCUUUUAUCUGGACAUAAAUCAUGAAAUAUAGGAUCAAUUUAGUAUUGAUUGACAUGGAAAAGGGUGAAAAUGUAAGUCUGUGUUUCAUGUUGAAGGGGUCAUGAAUUAUACAAAAUUGUUCUCUUGGUUAAAGCAAAUAUUUACUAUGAAGCUCUAUGCACUUAUCCAAACUCUUUCAUUAGUUUGAUUCUGUUUAUUGCCUUAUAUUGUUUUUCCCUGACAGGAUAUUUCAAGAAAACUUUUACCAACCUGGGUUUUAAGUUGGACAGUGAUUUUAAAUUGGACAGCCAAAUUAGAGCUGUAGUUAAGCCAAGCUUUUAUCAUUUAAGACGGUUGGAAAAGGUAAAUCUUUUCUCUACAGGCAGCAUUUUUAAAUCGUGAUACAUGCUUUUAUUUCAUCUUGGUUAGAUCUGUAAUGGACUUUAUGUAGGAGUGAGUAAGUCUGCAGCUGGUGCAGAACGCCACUGCAGGAUUUUUAACAGGCACCAAUAGAAGAGACCAUGUUACCCUGUCCUGGCUUCACUCCACUGGUUUGUUUUAAAAAAAAAUUUUAUUUGAAUUAUUUGACAGGGACAUUGUAUUUGUACAUAGUCAGAAAAUUUUGCAGCUGAUACCAAAUCUCUAAAUGGCCUCUCCCCGCCUCACCUCUGAGCUUCUUCAUCCCUGCUCACCUUCUCGGUCCCUGAGGUCAGCCGACCAGCUGCUCCUGCAGGUACCAGGUCCAGGAGGAAGCUCAGAGGGGACAGGGUCUUCUCUGCUUCACAACUGUGGAAUAAUCUGCCUUUAUACAUCAGAGAGGUUCCUUCACUGUACAUUUUAAAACUCUUUUUAAUACACAUUUUUGUUCUUGGGCUUUUAAUCCCAGAUGUUCUUAUGUCUCCUGUUUUUAUUUGUACUUUUAUAAUGAUUGUAUUUGU